UUAUCUGUCAAGCAGUCGCUCUUUACUCAGACUAGCUCUUCCGCUCUCCUUUUCCCUUCACUCUCUUUCUCUCUCUCUCUCUCUCUCUCUCCACCGCUUCAAAAGCAGAGGAACAAGUGCUGUAGGGAGAGAGAAAAGCUAAGUAGGAAGAGGGAAGAGGGAGAAAAGAGGGGAGGAAGGAGGAAUCGCAAGUUUCACAUCCGCCGGAAACUAAUCCCACGAAAUGCCGCCACCAACGCAGCCGAGCAUUAGCCUGAACGGUGACCACAGACCACCACGCCCACCGCAGAGUUCAAACUCCCAUCCCCACCAACACCAUCCGUACUACCCAUCAGCGUCUUCUUCCAACUCAGCCUCCUUGAAAGGCUGCUGUUGCUGUCUCUUCCUCCUCUUCUCCUUCCUUGCUCUCCUUGUCCUCGCCAUCUUCCUCAUCAUCAUUCUUGCUGUCAAGCCUAAGAAACCCCAGUUCGAUCUCCAACAAGUCGGCGUCCAGUACAUGGGCAUCUCCGCUUCCAACCCCAGUUCGUUUGACCCCACCACCGUCGCCACUGGGCCCACUUCCGCUUCACUCUCUUUAACCAUCCACAUGCUAUUCACCGCCGUUAAUCCCAAUAAGGUUGGGAUCAAGUACGGUGAGUCCAAGUUCACUGUUAUGUACCAUGGGAUCCCUUUGGGGAAGGCUUUGGUUCCUGGGUUUUACCAGGAGGCCCAUAGCGAGCGACAGGUAGAGGCCACCAUCUCCGUCGAUCGCUAUAGCUUGUUGCAGGCAAAUGCUGCUGAGUUGAUCAGGGACGCCUCGUUGAAUGAUAAAGUGGAGCUUCGGGUUCUGGGUGAAGUUGGUGCUAAGAUCCGUGUUCUAGACUUCGACUCCCCUGGAGUACAGGUAUCUGUGAAUUGUGCAAUAGCGAUAAGUCCAAGGAAGCAAUCUCUUACUUACAAGCAGUGUGGGUUUGAUGGAUUAAACGUCUGACUAAGCAGAACAUGGCCAAAAACAGAAGGCAAAGAAGAAAAAGAUUAUAUAUAUUUUUUUCUUUUUUCUGUUCCCUUGUUUAGUUUUUUUUAGAGAUAAGCAAGUGAGAGUGGAGAAAAGCAAAAGAGAAGGCUAGAAAGUAGAAAGCAGGUUAAGACUGGAGACCCAUAUCCUCACAUGGAGGAUGGAAGGCAAAGAUGGGUGGUAAAAAAAGAGAAAUGGGGAUAUUCUAAUGGGAAAUCAAAAAAGUUUUCCCAAGAUUUUUCAGGUUUUUAUAUUGGUUUACUUCACUUGGAAGAAAAAAAAAAACUGAUUGCGUGUAAAGUGUAAUUCUCAUGUAAUGCCAUCCACACCUAAUUAGCUUGUUUGUUUCUUUCUUUCUUUUCUCAAA